AUGAUGACAUCCAAAGAAGUCAAAUGUGAUGCAGUGGAAAACAGGAGGCGAAGUCCGCUGGACCACUUGCCUCCUCCUGCCAACUCCAACAAGCCGCUGACCCCCUUCAGCAUCGAGGACAUCUUGAACAAACCGUCUGUAAAACGAAGUUACACGAUUUGCGGCACAGCUCAUCUAAUUUCGUCCUCUGAGAAGCACCGUCCGUCGAGCAUCCCUCUUUCCAGCCGAGCUCUCCUCACUCAGACCUCCCCGCUCUGCGCGCUGGAGGAGUUGGCCAGCAAGACUUUCAAAGGGCUGGAAGUCAGUGUUUUACAGGCUGCGGAAGGCCGUGAUGGGAUGACCCUGUUCGGUCAGAGAACCACCCCGAAGAAGCGUCGGAAGUCUCGGACAGCGUUCACCAAUCACCAAAUCUACGAAUUGGAAAAGCGCUUCCUGUAUCAGAAGUACCUGUCCCCGGCAGACCGGGACCAGAUUGCACAGCAGCUGGGCCUGACGAACGCGCAGGUCAUCACAUGGUUUCAGAACCGGAGGGCAAAGCUAAAACGGGACCUGGAGGAGAUGAAAGCCGACGUGGAGUCGGCUAAGGCCAUCGGCCAGGUCCCACUGGACAAGCUCGCCAAACUGGCGGACUUAGAGAAAUGCGCCAACGGCACGCUGAGCCACCCGCGAACCGAGUCCCCUGCGCGGGGAGGCCAGCAGGAGCACGAGCUCGCUCAGAAACUGCGGACAUCGCCGCUGUCUCCCUUCUCAGACCACACAACUAGUAAAGAGUGCUCAGAGGACGAGGACGUGGAGAUUGAUGUGGAUGACUGAUGGCGCAGCGAGGAGCUAGAUGGUCUAGAGACGCGCAGAGACAAUAAAAAAACACAAAAGAUCCUACCGAGGACUUGUAAACUUACUGCUUAUAUUGUAUACCAUAUCUCGGAACAUGUACCAAAAUGUAACGACUUUUAUAUCGGCACAGAUCGACUUAUUCAUAGUGAAGCAUGAACGCAGAAGAAGAAAUAUGCAGCGAUAUUUUACGGUGUAUUCAUUAGCAGACUCUUACUUCUUUCGGUCAAAGCAAUAUGGUCUAAAAACAACAUGAGUAACGGAUUAUUAUUAUUAUCAUUAUUAUUAUUAUUAUUUUACACUAUAUACCAACGAACACAGCACACAGUUACAUUUUAAACGCAUACACGCGCAUACACACACCUGUCCUAUUAUAAGGCCUAUCCCCACACACACCAUAACGAAAGUGCUCUGGUUUUCCAUACUGUUUGCAUGAAAAUGCAUGAUUUGAUUUGUGAUCACUAUCUAUUUAUUUUCUUUUUUUAUAUUAUUUAAAUGUUUUCAUUUUGUAUUUCCUGUGAGCCAAAUCUCCCCUCACUGCCGGAUCUCCUUCUCCUCCUCAUCGUCCUUUGGCUGCGGCUCUUCAGACUUCAGCGCUCGAUGACAACAGGAGAUGAAAAACUCGGACGACCUCUCUCUCUCUCUCUCUCUCUCUCUCUCUCUCUCUCUCUCUCUCUCGCUCUCUCUCCCAACCACUUCACUCUCACAAUUAGGCGUUUUAAUGGGAAUGCUCCAACGAUGCCGAAAUGCAGCAGUUCAUAUUGCGGUGAUUUUGAGAGGCUAUAUAGGCUACUUUUUAGAUUAUUUGUUUGGAUACAAUAGAUUUACAGUUAUAAAUUUGUUAUGUUUUGUACACCUGU